UGUCGCUCGUGGGGCUUCUUCUUACCAAAUGGCGAUGCGGGACGGACGAUGCCCAACAAAACGAGGCAGACAUUGCGCAGUCGUCUCGCUGAUCGUCUCCAUACUGUUCGAGAGAGACAAAGGAUUGAACACUAUCGGGAGAUGGCUCUGGCCCAUGUUGCUCCCGAUCGACAUUGUGGUGCUAGUGAGAGCACUCUCAGAGUGUUCAUUGAGUCUUGUGAGUUUACUGCAGCCCCUAACAAAUAUGAGCUAGCAGAGCCCUCCGCCAGACAUCCAUCUCCCGCGGAAAGGCACCGGAAAGGCGCC